AUGGAGAUCCCGAGAGAAGACUUUGAGCGAAUCAUGUUCUUCGAGCAGACGCGGGAGCAGGCGAUGGCUGAGUUCAAGAAAAACCCACAUGACGCCGAUAACCUCACUAAGCUCGGCCGGACACUUGUGGAGCUGGCGCAGUUCAUUCAGGGGCAGGAGUCCAACGAAAUGCUGGACGAUGCUGUAUCUAAAUUUGACGAGGCCCUGAAGAUUGCCCCCUCGCGCCCCGAUACCCUCUGGUGGCUUGGCAACGCGCACACCACGAGGGGUUUUCAGACGCCUGAUGCUACUUUGGCCAACGUCAGCUUUGAAAAAGCCUCCGAUUGCUUCAGGAAGGCGCUGGAUGCGGACCCAAGCAAUGAUGCCUACCGCAAAUCACUGGAGAUCUCUCUGAAGGGCCCUGAGUUGCAUCAAGAGGUGCAGAAGCAGAUGGCACUGCAGCAGGCGCUGGGGGCAGCUGUGCACCCCUCCUCCAUGGAUGCCCCUAAGGUCCAGAAGAAAAAGAAGAGCAGCGAUCUGUGGUAUGACGUGGCAGGGUGGGUGAUUCUGACUGUGGGUGUGGUAGCCUGGCUCAGCAUUCUCAGUGCCAGGGCACCGCCUCCUGCCGCUGCCAAGUAA